CCCUCGCUCCGUGGCCCCGCGGGCUGGGUCCCGGCAUGGUUCUCUCUGAGCUGGCCGCGCGCCUCAACUGCGCCGAGUACAAGAACUGGGUGAAGGCGGGUCACUGCCUGCUGCUGCUACGCGGCUGCUUGCAGGGCUUCGUCGGCCGCGAGGUGCUCGCCUUCCACCGCAGCCUGCUCGCCGCCGCCCCCGGCCUGGGCCCCCGCGCCGCCUGCCGCAGCGGCUCGCGGUGCAGCCCGCGCGCCCGCCAGUUUCAGCCUCAGUGUCAGGUGUGCGCAGAGUGGAAACGGGAGAUUUUGAAACAUCACACCAGCAGAAAUGGAGACGUCCACUGGGGAAACUGCCGGCCGGUCCGCUGGCCGGUCGACGCCUGGGAGGUGGCCAAGGCCUUCAUGCCCCGAGGACUGGCAGACAAAACACGACCCGAGGAAUGUGACGCGGUUGCUCUUCUAAGUCUCAUCAACUCCUGUGAUCACUUCGAGGUUGAUCGAAAGAAAGUCACAGAGGUGAUUAAGUGUCGUAACGAGAUCAUGCACUCUUCAGAGAUGAAAGUGUCUUCUGUGUGGCUUCGAGAUUUUCAGAUGAAGAUCCAAAAUUUUCUGAAUGAAUUUAAGAAUAUCCCAGAGAUUGUGGCGGUAUACUCCCAAAUAGAAAAGCUGUUGACAUCUGACUGGGCUGUUUACAUCCCUGAGGAAGAUCAGCCAGAUGGGUGUGACUAUGAAACAGGAGUUUACCUGAGUGAGCAACAAGUAAACGAGAUAGAGAUGGAAUUACUAAAGGAAAAACUUCAAGAGCUAUAUCUUCAAGCAAAAGGACAAGAGGUGUUGCCUGAAGAGAUCUUAAAUCAACUGGAAGUGGUGAAAGAAUUUCUGAGAAACAACGAGGAUCUUAGAAAUGGUCUUACAGAAGAUAUGCAGAAGCUAGACAGCCUCCAUCAACAGCCUCAAAAACUGGAUUCGAAGGAACCUAGGGCACAGACACCUGAAGGGAAGGCCUGAAGUUGACCUUCAACAAAAAUCAGGCAUGUUCUGUGAAAGUCAGCUGGGCUUCCAUCUCAGCCAUCCUUUUCUGUGCAAAAGGGAAAACUUACCCAAGUACUCCACUCAAACAAAAAGGAAUUUGUGUCAUCUUUUCCUGGACUUUCCUUUAACUCUUUGGGAGUUUUUUUUUUUUUUACAUUCCUAAACUUGGUGUUAUGUGAUCUGUACCAGCCAAAAAAUAUUAGAUACUCUUGUGCCAAA